AUAUGAAUAUUAUUUUAGUUUUGUUUCCUGUCGUGAGAGGGGCUUUCAGACCUCCUCUUCCUCUAUCCUUAAAGCUAGCUAAGCUAGUGAGCUAUGCCAACAAAACCCCAGGACCCAAGAAGGCAUACUCCUUUGUGAACAUUUGGCUCCGAUUCUCUAGUUAGACCAAGCCUUUGCUCCUCUUCCCCAAGGAUCAUGGCCAAAGAUGCUGAUCUGAUUGAGGCCAAUGGGGAGCUGAAAGUUUUCAUAGACCAGAAUCUGAGCCCUGGAAAAGGAGUUUUGUCUUUAGUGACUGUACAUCCACAGUCAGUUGGAGUGGGAAAACAACUGUUACCAAAAACACUGGGUCCUUCCAAUGUCAACAUUGCUCCACAGAUGGUCAUUGGGACACCCCAGAGGCCGAGUGGCUCCAAUGUGCUUCUUAUGAACAGCCCCCACACACCCAGUUCUCAGUUUAUCACUCAGAGCCAGCCCCCUGAUGCCUCGCCAUGGUCCUCGGGGAAGAGGAGUAAGAAAGGGGAUAAGAAUGGGAAAGGUCUGAGGCAUUUCUCUAUGAAGGUUUGUGAGAAGGUGCAAAGGAAGGGUGUCACCACAUACAACGAAGUAGCAGAUGAGCUGGUGGCUGAAUUCAGCUCUGGUGACAAUCACAUCUCCCCAAACGAAGCGCACGUAUAUGAUCAGAAGAAUAUCCGGCGGCGGGUGUAUGAUGCCCUGAAUGUGCUGAUGGCCAUGAACAUAAUCUCAAAAGAGAAGAAAGAGAUCAAGUGGAUCGGACUCCCCACUAACUCUGCUCAGGAGUGUCAGAACCUAGAGGUGGAGAGACAAAGACGUUUGGAGAGAAUUAAACAAAAACAGUCACAGCUCCAAGAGCUCAUUUUACAGCAAAUUGCCUUUAAGAACCUUGUGCAGCGUAACCGUCAGUCAGAGCAGCAAACAAACAGGCCGCCAGCGGACAAUUCAGUCAUUCACCUGCCUUUCAUCAUCAUAAACACCAGCAAGAAAACAGUCAUAGACUGCAGCAUCUCCAAUGACAAGUUUGAGUACCUCUUCAACUUUGACAGUAUGUUUGAGAUCCAUGAUGACAUUGAGGUAUUAAAGCGCAUGGGCAUGGCGUGUGGGUUGGAGGUGGGCAAAUGCUCUGCAGAAGACUUAAAAGUCGCCAGGAGUCUUGUGCCCAAAGCACUAGAGCCUUAUGUUACAGAGAUGGCACAAGGCCCGAUCAGUAAUGUCUACAUGAUGGGGGCAUCAUCCACUAAUGGGAGUCGUUUUCAUGUCGGCAGUGAUAGUGGAGCAGACGGAACGAUGGCCUCCAGCUCCAACGAUUCACACUACAGUGGUUCUCGCGUGGAAACCCCAGUCUCUUAUAUGGGAGACGAUGAUGACGACGAGGAAUACGAUGAGAACGACGAUGAGGACUAACUCUUGCAUCUUCACUUCGUUGUCUGCAAUUCUUCCGGAGGCGGUCUUCAAGGGAUUUAUCAGUCACGCAAGUUCCCUCUCCCCUUCUUCUAGCACACCUAGAUUAUCUCCCUUUUUAUCUCUGAUACGGGCAUUGAAGAGCAUGGACUUUAAAGGGGUGAGUUGUUUUCAUCCUGCUCUUUCUGCUGUAUGGCUUUUCCUGUUAAAUCACGACACUGCGUUUGGUGCUAGCGCAGAUCAUUUGAUCCUGCUGGGUCAAGUUUUCAACAGAAGGACUUUUAAGGUGAGUCACUUUGAAGUAGCAGCACUCUGCCAUUCGGCCUCCACUCGGAUUAGCACAACUCAUUGGAUCCUUCCUCGCAGCCUUGCGAAGAAAACCCUGUCUCUCUCAACCAGCCCACCACCUGCUGCUGGAGAAUGUGUAGUUUGACCUCUGUGUGAAAUAGUUAGGCUAUCUCCUUUUUGAUUUGUAUUUUUCCCCUGGAAAGUGCUGGCUUCAUUCACAUUUGGAAAAUUCAAGAUGGCUGUCUCCUUGACUCCAAGAAUCUGCACAGCCAGCUGCCAUUUUGCCCCAUUGGGGCAUGUCUUUGGAUCUACGGACAAUUUUUUCGUAUGAUUGGAUGAAUUAAUGGCUUUCUUUUGUAGAUUUCCCGUAUGUGUGUUUGUGUGCGUGUGUAUGAUUGUGUGUAUGUGUGUGAAUGUGUGUUUGGCUUCCUGUUAUUCUGUGGGCAGCUGUUUUAGGGAGUUCUUUUGAAGAGCCAUUUUUUUUUUCUUUCUCUUAUUUGAGCUUUAGAGGUGAACUUCUGUUGUUCGCUCUACGCAUUUUACAACUGACCGGCAUCAGGUAUCUAAAAAAACUUUAUUACCCACUGAAAUUUAUAGGAAAUUGAGGUACUUUGUUUGCAUAAUGUAUCAGAACCUCUGAAGAUUAGUUUGUAGAAUCCUCCUCUCCAGGUCAGUAACACUACGGAGUAUGUGUGUAUGAUUUAUUCAUGUGUAUCCCAGUGUGGGAUACAGGUUUGUUUGGGCUCCCAUUGGAAAUCUUUAAAAAAAGAGAGAAGAAACUGUUGUACUGACUCCACAAAAGUAACUUUUCUGUAACCUAAUAUAAGUUUGGAAAUUAAAAUAUAAUGUUUUAAAAAAAAUGAACUCAAUGCAUUUAUUUGUGACAUUUAAUAGAAUAGUACUAAUUACAAUAAACCUUUUUU